GUAUUUCUCACUCUAUUUAUGUAAUGAACGUAGUUAGGGCUCUACCACAACAUGUAACGAGCAGAAAAAAGGCGGUUCAUGAAAUCGUGAGAGGUUCGCUUACUGUCGGGACUUCGAAAAAAUAGUGGAUUCGUAGGAUCUCCUUGUUCUACCCUGGCGAGGAUAGUUUUCUUGUACCUGCAAGAACUGAAACUAUUCAAUGAAGAGGUCACAGGGUUGAAGAUUAUUGAGAAGG